AUGCCUCCUUCGCGAUAUGACAUUGCAACUCACUGCUCACCAUUCGGCGGUGAUGGGUUAAUUCCCACUGAGCAUGGGUACUUCAUCGAUGCUCACCUAGGGGAACUGGAUACGUCUUUCUUCAGUUUUACCAAGGCUGAGCUGGAAUACAUUGAUCCACAUCAGCGUCACCUUCUGGAAGUUGUACACGAGUGCUUCGAGAGUGCGGGAGAAGCAAACUACCGUGGUGCAAACAUCGGAUGCUACGUUGGGUCGUUCAGCGACGAUUGGAGGGAGACUCUCUUCCACGAUCUCCAAAUGUACGGCAAGUACCCAGUAGCUAUUGGAGGGGACUUUAGUGUUCUCAGCCGGAUCUCAUUUGAGUAUGACUUACGCGGACCGAGCAUAAGUACCAGGACAGCGUGUUCUUCAGCACUGGUUGCCUUGACGCAGGGGUGUACCGCCAUGUCGAUGGGAGAGUGCGACGCGGCCAUUGUGGCUGGCUGCCAGUUCAUACUCACACCAACAAUGAACGUUAUCGUGUUAACACGAGGCAUGUUGUCCAAGGACGGCUCGUGCAAGUCUUUUGACGCGGCCGCGGAUGGCUAUGGACGCGGAGAAGCCAUUAAUGCAGUGUACCUGAAGCUGUUGGCUGCAGCGCUGCGUGACCGGAACCCCAUUCGCGGCAUCAUUCGCAGCAGCGCAGUCAACGAUGACGGCAAGACGGCAGGUUUUAGUGUCCCCAGCACUUUGACGCAGGAAGCAUUGAUAAGGCAAGCGUAUCGAAUGGCCGGCAUCGCCGACUGCUCUCAGACACCCUUUGUCGAAUGCCACGGCACGGGAAUCAAAGUGGGUGACCCGAUCGAGGCGUCGACAAUUGCUCGCCUCUACAACGAGAAGAAGCAGAUCUUCAUUGGCUCGGCCAAGCCUAACAUGGGGCAUUCGGGAGGUGCUUCGGGUCUGACAUCGUUCAUCAAGGCCAUCUUGGCUGUUGAGAAGGGCAUCAUCCCGCCCAAUAUCCGUUUCGAGACAUCCAAUCCAAAGAUUCCGUUCAAAGAAGGGGGCUUGACGGUGCCUACAGAACCCAUUCCCUGGCCCCUAGACCGUCCCGUCCGAGUGGACAUCAACUCUUUCGGCAUGGGAGGCGUAAAUGCUCACACCGUCGUUGAAUCGGCGAAGAACAUUACUCCUGCUCAAUCUCCUAGUUCGGGCUGCUGUGGGCCUUCGUUACUGUUGUUUUCUGCAAACACCUCCGAGUCUCUCGUCAAGAUUGUGGAGAAGAACCACGCUUACCUACAAAAAAAGCCCCAGGCGGUCUCUGACCUCGCCUACACGUUGGCAGCCCGGAGGGUUCAUCUGCCAUUCCGUACGUACUCUAUAGUCAAGAAUGGAGAGAUGAAAACGUUUCCCUCUUCUCGCGUGCCAGAACGGCGACCAGACAUCGUCAUGGUGUUCACCGGUCAAGGGGCUCAGUGGCCCGGGAUGGGCGCUCGUCUAUACGAGACGAACGCCAGGUUCAAGGAGUCACUGCUUCUCAGUGAGCGUGUUCUUGCAGAACUUCCAGAGGCCCCGAAAUGGUCUCUAAUAGAAGAGAUCCACAAUGGGGAAUGUAGCAACAUCCACAAAGCGCAGUACGCGCAGCCAGUUUGCACAGCUGUGCAGAUUGCACUGGUGGACGCACUGGCCGAGGUUAACGUAAAGCCUUUUGCGGUGGUGGGCCAUUCCUCCGGAGAGCUGGCGGCAGCGUAUGCAUCUGGAAGACUGACGGCGCGCGAGGCCAUGAUUUGUGCUUUUAUCGAGGCGGAGAUCGAGCCAUUCCUUGUACCUGGCGUUGUUGUUGCUUGCGAGAAUUCACCGUCAAGUGUGACUAUCUCAGGAAAUCUCGAAUCCGUCAAUGAAGUGACCAGUGCCAUCAAAACCGGUUCGACUGCGCUAGCACGCCAGCUCAAGGUCGACACUGCAUACCAUUCUUGGUACAUGACAGAGGUUGGCGGCAGGUACAAGUCCUUGUUGGACCGCUACCUAGGGAGCGGCACCGACUCAUCGAUUCCAUUUGCCUCUUCGCAGAGAAAUCUGGAAUGUCCGGUGCAGUUCAACCAAGCAGUUGGGGCAAUUCUGGAGAGAUUCAAGCAGCCCCUCUUCUUUCUCGAAGUAGGUCCUCACUCGGCCCUCUCGGGGCCUCUUCAUCAGAUAUUCGAUGACAAGUCUGUUACUCAUGGCUAUGAAUCAUGUCUUGUGAGAUCGAAGCCCUGUUCUGAAUCUUUCUUAGGCCUUGUGGGUCAGCUGUUUGCACAGGAUCAGGCAUUGCAUAUGGAUGUGCUCACCGACCCGGACGGCACAGCGCAGGUCCUGGCGGAUGCGCCGACGUACUCAUGGGACCACUCCAUGUCAAAUGUGUAUGCGCCACGAAGCAUCAAAGAGUGGAAAAAGUCGCCAUUCCCUCGACAUGAGCUACUGGGGGCUAGGAAUGUGUUCAGUACGGAUGAUCAACCAUCUUGGCGCAACGUCCUCUUCUUCAAACAUUUCCCUUGGCUCUUCGAGCACAAAGUGGCUGGAAAUGCAGUGUUUCCUGCGGCAGGCUACAUUGCAAUGACAAUUGAAGCGGUGCGGCAGGUUGGCGCAGGCGAUGCGGGAUAUCAGAUCCAAAACCUACAACUCAGUCAUGCUAUGGUGCUGGACCGAUACAACACGAUUGAGAUAAUGACUUCGCUUUGGCGAUGCGGCAGUCGGUACGAUUUCACUAUCAGCUCUCACAAUGACGUAUCUUGGGUUGAGCAUUGCUCAGGCCGGAUCCGACGCGGAACCUCCUUCUCGAAGCCUCUGGAAGAUAACCACUCAUCUGAUCUUACUCGUUCCACUGAUCCCGCCAAAUGGUAUCAGAUCUUAGCCAAGACUGGGGUCGACUACGGAGCUAGCUUCCAGGGAGUCCGCUCGCUUCGGUCGUCGUCUUCACGUCUGUACUCGUCGGCCACGGUAGUCUCUACCGUCAAGCAGACUGUGUACUAUCCGAUUCAUCCCACAAAAAUGGAUGCUUGUUUUCAGGGGGUCUAUGCGGCAUCGUACCAGGGACUUGAGUGGAAGAUUGGCCAACUUCCUUUGCCGACCCGGUUCGGGAAGAUCAACAUCCUCGACUGCGUGUCCAACAUGACCUGCAAUGUAUCAGCGCAUUCGCUCAGGCGAGGCGCUUUAGGCGCAAGUGCCGAAGCAUAUGCAGCAAAUGGCACGAUGGUGAUGACUCUGGAGGAUACACUGAUUCAGCCAUUGGGGGUAACCACAGUGGAUACCAAUAGCGGGAGCGGUGCGAGACUUCACUGGGGACAGGGAAUUGACUUUGUUCCGUUGAGCAGCUUGGUUUCCUCGCCACCGGGUUGGACAGAGAAUGCCAUGAUGCUAAGUCGCCUGACCAAAGCAUGCAUUGAAGACAGCUUGUCGCAGCUGGAGAAGCAUGGGGUGACAAAGAGUGUUUCGCACCUUGCAAAAUACCACGAUUGGCUGCGAGCACAUGAUGAUGCCAGGUCUUCUGGUCUAGUGGUGAAGGACAUUGCUCAGCAGGCAUCGAAAACCUCGAUUGGGGCCUGCGCCACGGCCAUGGUCAGAGUCGUGGACAACAUUGUUUCGUUGUGCAAGGGCGAAGUCGGCCCAGUGGAACUGCUUCUAAGCGACGAUACACUAUUGGAAAUGUAUGACUACUUGAACAUGGUCAAUCGGACUCCACUGUUCAGGGCGCUCGGCCACCACCAUCCAAGUCAACGGAUCCUAGAGAUUGGAGCAGGAACGGGCGGUACAACGGCCAAGAUUCUUGGAGUGACUCAGUAUUCUACAUACACCUUUACUGAUAUCUCGGCCGCUUUCUUUCCGGCCGCCCGGUCGCGGUUCGAGAUGUACCCUAACCUAAUCUUCAAGACACUGGAUAUCACAAAGGAUCCAUUGAGCCAGGGAUUCCUUCCGGAAUCUUUCGAUCUCAUCGUUGCAUCCAACGUGUUGCACGCCACUACGAGUCUCCGCGAAACACUGGUCAAUGUGCGACGGCUUCUUCACCCUUACGGAAAACUGCUCCUAGAAGAGCUUUGCGGAGACGUCAAGUACUCCAACAUCGUUACCGGCGUCCUGUCCGGGUGGUGGGCUGGUGAAGACGAUAAUCGGGCGGACGAGCCGUAUAUCAAUCCCGAGAGGUGGGACGUGGAGAUGCGGGCCGCGGGUUUCAACGGCCUGGACAGCCUCGCUUUUGAUGUGGCUCCCUCACUUCAGGGCAUGGCAUACAUGCUUACCAGUCCCAAUACUAGCUCUGCUGAUGCACUAGCAUGGGAUGAGUUGCAGAAAGGUCACGUCAGCCAAAACAUCAAUGGUAUUGAGCCAAAGAACAGAGCCUCGCCUCAUAGGACACUCAAAUUCACAGUCCUUGUGUCCGAUUCAGGGUCCUCAAAAACCGCUAUAGUCUUCCAAAAGCAGCUGCGGUCUCGUGGGCACGAGGUGACGCUUCAGAGCCUUGGAGAGUCGUUGGCUCCCUCAUCAGAUGUCAUUGUCCUAGUGGAUACUGCUCUACCAUUCUUCCACGAUAUCUCUGCUUCCAACCUAUCUAGAUUCCAACACUUCUUGCGCGAGCUGCAGCGAUCACACUCAGGGGCGCUUUGGGUGACUCAAAGCAGCCAGGUGGGGUGCAAAGACCCGCGUUAUUCGCUGUCAAUCGGCGUGGCUAGGACGUCUCGCACAGAGUUUGGCGUCGAUCUCACUACUUGCGAGUUGGACACUGUAAAUUAUACUGCGGUGGCUCUAACGCUUGAUGUGUUCGAGCAGUUUAGGAAACGUGUUGAGACCGAGACAUAUCUGCGCGAGAUGGAAUAUGUAAUCCACGAGAACUCGGUUCUGGUAGGGCGCAUGCAGCCUUUCUCAAUGCAGGGAGAGGUUGAAAACCCAGGACGUAUGUGGGUAGUGCAUGCACUACAGCGAACCCUCGGGCCAGAUGAGGUUGAAAUUGAUGUUGAUACAGCGGGUGUGAGCUAUCUGGAUGUUCUCAAUGCCGCAGAAAUCGGUGCACUCUCUGGUAGUGGUCUGGGGGUUGACGCUGCCGGAACUGUGCGCCGUGUUGGCUCCCACGUCACAGAUCUCUCCCCUGGGGACCGAGUGAUCGUACUUGGGUCCGAAUGCUUCAGCACGUCCGUUACUGUGGCCAGGAAAUGCUGCGCUCGAAUCCUGAACGAGUUAUUGUUAAAGGAUGCAAGCACAAUGCCCUUGGCCUUUGCUACUGCUAUUCAUUCUCUGAUCGAUGUCGGCCAGCUCAAGAAAAAUCCGACUGUGUUGAUUCAUUCAGCAUCUGGAGGGGUGGGGAGCGCUGCUAUCCAAAUCAGUCAAAUGAUUGGAGCCGAAAUUUACGUAACUGUCGGAAGUGACAAGAAAGCAGAAAGCUUGAUGAAGACCUUCGGAAUCUCUCCGAAUCGAAUUUUCGAUUCUCGUACCGGAUCGUUUGUCCGUGGCAUCAAGGACGCAACUAAUGAGCGCGGGGUAGACUUGGUCUUGAACACGCUGUCCGGGGACCUAUUUGCGGCUUCAUGCGAAUGCGUUGGACCGGAGGACAAGCUCAUCAACCUCGUCAGAAAAACAGGCAACAAAACUCGGACACCCUCGAAGUUACUUCUGAACAAUGUGUCACUCAUCACAAUUAACAUCCUCAAUCAAUUGAAGAGAGAUGAAGCAGACGACGCCCCUGGACCAUUACCCGCUCGAAUCAUGGACCUCUAUUCUCAGGGACAAAUUCGACCAUUGACCAUUGCAGAGACGUUUUCUGCGCGCGAUUUUCAGCAGUCACACUUUAUGUUUUUAUCACACAGUCCUGGAGCUGAGGCGCACAAAGAGCUAUUUUGCGAGAUGGAAAGAAAAGGGUGUACCGUGACGGUGGUCCGGGGAGGUGUUUCCAGUCUUGUGGACGUGGAAAAAGCCAUUUCUGCAUCACCAGAACCGCUCAAGGGCAUUUUCAACCUAUCCAUGGUGUUGCAGGACGGGUCGCUGCUAACUAUGUCUCUGGCUGACUGGAAGGCCGCGACGCAACCCAAGGUUCAGGGCACGUGGAAUCUGCAUACUGCGUCUCGACAACUCCAUGUGCGGUAUCAUUGGGAUGCCGAACAAGCCAACUACUCGGCGGGAAAUACUUUUAUGGAUGCCUUCGUGCAGUAUCGACACAGCCAAAGCCUGCCUGCGUCAGCUAUUGACGUGGGGGCCGUCGAGGGAAUUGGCUGGACUGCGGAAAACACAAAGACUCUAGAACGAUCGAAGUGGCUCGAGACCCAUGGCGUCGAUGCUAGUGGUGCUGGCACCGUUGGAGAUGCUCUGAGGGGCUUCAUCGCCACGCUGCCGGCCAACGUUGACAAGUUAGAUGACCCCAACACGAGCAAAUUCAUCGUGAGGGAGAUUGCAGCUUGGGUCUUUGAUCUUCUUCUGAAGCCCAUUCAGGAUGAUGACGAGAUCGAUCUCGCCCGCUCGUUUGUCGACAUUGGAUUGGACAGCCUGGCAGCCGUCGAGCUGCGCAGCUGGUGGAAGGCAACUUUGGGCCUGAACAUCAGCGUAUUGGAGAUCUUUUCGUUUGCGAACUUGGCUGCCAUGGGUGAUCAUGCAACCAAGGGGUUAAGGGCAAAGUUUACAUCUGCUUCUUAA